AUGUCCGCUACAGCUAAUAUUCUUCAUGAAGCAAUUGUAAUUGAUGUUGAUACAUUAGAAACAGGUGCUGUUCAUCUCAUUUGUUUGAUUAAACCAACAUGGACAUCGAAAAAAAUAAACUUUAAAAAAUUAGAUACUAAUGAUGAUAAUAAUAUUUAUUCAGUUUUUCCAAGUGAUUAUAAAUAUGAACAACAUGGUAUUAUUAUGAAAAUUUAUCCAAAAAAUUCUGAUGUAUAUAGUAAUCAUGAAAAAGAAUUUCAAUUAAUUGAACAAUUUUCUCAUCAUGGAGUAGCUCCACGUAUUUUAUUAACAUUUAUUAAUGGAUAUAUUUCGUCAUAUAUUCUUGGAACAAUAUUAAAUAUUAAAGAAGAUCAAACUCAUCAAUUAGUUUCUCAAAAAUUAGCUGAAUUUCAUUUGAUUUCAUCAAAAUUUAAUAAUGGUCUUCAUUUUAUCGAUAAACUUAAACAAUUUAUUGAUUUAUUUACUAAAAAAAAUAUUAAGUUACAUAAUCGACAUAUGGAAAUAAGAGACGAACAAGAAAAAUCUGCUGAACAAAAUUCAAGUUUUUUUACAACAUUAAAAUCGGCUGUUGGUCUAAAUACAACUCCUACAUUAAUACUUACAUUAGAUGAACUUGAAUUACAAUUACAUGAUACAACAUGGGCUCAAAUUUCAACUGAAAUUGAUUUUAUACAAACAAUAUUUGAAAAUAAUUGGUCAAAACAUAAUUUACCAAAUGUUUUAUGUCUUAAUAAUAUGAAUAUUCAUAAUUUUUUAUAUGAUUCAAAAAAUAAAACAAUAUCAAUUAUUAAUUUUGAUCAUUGUUCAUAUAAUUAUUUUCUUAUUGAUAUUGUUUCAUAUUUUCUUGAAUUAGCAAAAGAUAAUUAUGAAAAUAAUUAUCCACAACGUCAUAUUCAAAAAUUAUUUCUUGUAGAAUAUCUUAAAUAUUCAUCAUUCGAUUUUUCAAAUAUUGUUUAUGAUCCUCAUAAACCAAUUGAUAAUGAAUUAGAACGUUUAUGUGAUCUAUGUGGUUUAUUAAUUGCACCAAUUCAUUUAUAUUGGACUUUAUGGGCUUUUUUACAAGCAUUACUUAUAAAACCUACAUCAACAUUUGAUUAUAUUAAUUAUGGGAAAAUUCGAUUAGCACAAUAUCAAAAACAUAAACAAAAUUUUUUCCUUCCAUUAAAUCAAUCACGUAAAAACAGUGAUGCCGAUUCAGAAAAAAUUCAUCAUUUCUAA